AUGGCUCCGAUUAAAGUGGCCAUCCUGGACGACUACCAAGGUCUUGCAGACCCCUACUUUGAAAAGUUGGACUCGGCAAAGUACGACGUCGUCUCCAUCAAGGACACGCUGCUGCCCUACAACCACCCGGAUAAUCCGCAGUCGGGCAAGGAUGCGCUGGUUCAGAGGCUCCAGCCAUUCGACGUGAUCUGCUGCAUGCGAGAGCGCACGCCCUUCCCCGCCGAGCUGAUCGCCCGCCUGCCAGCACUCAAGCUCCUGCUCUCAACGGGCCUGCGCAACCGAUCCCUGGACCUGGCGGCGUUCAAAGAACGUGGGAUCCCAGUUGCUGGCACGGUGGAUAAACUCCGAGCAGACACCAAGACGGUUGGGACCGACAGCACCACGCAGCACUGCGUCACCCUGAUCCUUGCACUCGCUCGAGGUGUCGCCCGGGAUGACGCCGCCGUCAAAGACGGAGCCUGGCAGACGGGUUUCGCAACUGGGCUCUCGGGAAAGACGUUGGGCGUCGUCGGACUCGGCCGAUUGGGGGCCAACGUCGCGAGGAUCAUGACCGUCGCGUUCGGCAUGAAGGUUAUUGCGUGGAGCACCAACCUCACCCAGGACGCGGCAGAUGAGAAGGCCAGGGAGGCCGGCCUUGCUGUGGAAGACCGGGACGGCGUCAAGACCUUCAAGGCAGUCAGUCGGGACGAGCUGUUUAGCAGCGCAGACGUGAUCUCACUUCAUGUCGUGCUCUCUGACAGGUCACGGGGCAUGAUAACCUCGCAGGACUUGGCCAAGAUGAAGAGAUCGUCAUUUUUCGUCAACACAUCGCGGGGCCCCCUCGUCGUGGAACGAGAUCUCCUCGACCACCUCAAGGCAGGGAGAAUCCGAGGCGCCGCGCUCGACGUCUUCGACCCCGAGCCUCUCCCGGCCGAUAGCGAGUGGCGGAGCAAGACCUGGGGCCGCGACGGAUCGAGCCAGGUGCUUCUGACACCUCACAUGGGAUACGUAGAGGAGGGGACGUUGGGGUCUUGGUAUGAGCAGCAAGUUGAGAACAUUGAGCGGUGGGCCGCCAAAGAGUCCUUGCAGAACGAGUUGGCAUAA